CUUCACCGUCUCCCUUAUGCUCUCUGUUCUCCUUGAUUUCCUUGCGCAAUUUUGUCCUUGUCGCCGCUGUCAGAGCAUGGAUUGCUCCAUCGCCAGACAAUCCCGCUUCCCAUUCUUCUUUCCCAGUAUCUGGUCGUCUCGACGGUCGCAACCGGAUUCGACCGCCUCGGCGUCGACGCAGACGCAGACUCAGACUCAGACUCAGACUCCGACGCCUGCAGCCCAGGCAGUCCCUAAAAUGGGGCUCAGCUCGACGUUACAGAGACGUUCGACUGAGCGUGAGCGGUCAAAUCGCGAUGCCGCCAGAAAGGAUGUCACGGACGGCAUCGAGAGGCUCGUCGGUUUAGACAACGUGAAGCGCCAAUUGAAUGGCGUGCAGAGUUAUGUGCAGAUUUGUCGUCGACAUGGCCGCGAUCCUCGCAGCGAGUGGUACAAUAUCGCCAUGCAGGGUAACCCCGGUACAGGCAAGAGCAUCGUCGCCCGGAUAUACGCCAAGAUGCUCUAUUCGAUCGGUAUCGCGGAUGCAGAAACCGUGAAGGAGACCUCGGGCUUGGAACUGGCUUCCAAGGGCCCUGAGGGAACCCAGAAACUCAUCCAGGAGAUCGUCGACGCCGCUCCCUCUGCUCAGACCGCCGGUGUCAUGAUUGUCGACAACCCCCAAAUGCUCGAUACCUCGACCGACAAUGCGUCUGCCGAGCAGACUCUCUCCUACAUGGUCGAGGCCAUGGCGCGGCCUACCAGCCGUGUCGUUGUCGUCUUCACCGGCUAUCCGGACCACAUUGCAGCGUUCCUGCGCGAUCACCCUCGCAUCCAGCGUCUCACCUGCAGCACGCUAAACUUCUCCGAUUUUGAACGCCCCGAACUGUUGCAGCUACUGGGCCGUCGUAUCACCGAGGAGUACCAGGGUCGCAUGCAGGUCGAGGGGGGUCUCGAAGGCCCCUACAUGCAGGUUGCCGCUCGUCGGCUGGCUCGAGGACACGGCAAGAAGGGCUUCACCAACGCCCAUGCUGUUCGCGAUCUCGUCGCCAACGUCGCCCGUCGUCAGGCUCAGUAUCUGACCGACCAGACGGACGGCAUGGACGAGGUCGACUACUUCUUCUUCUCUCGACAGGAUCUCCUGGGUCCUAGUCCUGCGGAUAUCCGCAUGCAGAGCGACGCCUGGCAGCAACUGCAGGGCCUCGUCGGACAAGAGGCCGUCAAGGCCACCGUGCGAGAAGUGUUUGACACGCUCGAGGAAAACUACACACGGGAGCUGCGCAACCAGCGCCGACUCCCCGUGCGGUUGAAUCGCGUCUUCGCGGGCCCCCAGGGCACUGGCAAGUCCACGGCCGCGAAGCUGUAUGUGCAGGUGUUGGCUGAUCUGGGACUGCUGAACGAGGGAGAAGGUAUUCUCUCCGCCUUUGGCUUCCAUGAACACAAGCUGACAAGCACAGUGCCGGUCAAAUCGCUCUUCGCGCUCGACAGCUCCCCCUCCGAGACGCUCAUCAUCGAAGUCGACAGCCUCGACGGCACCACCGUCGCUAUCCCCCCUCGCUAUUCUCAGGACGUGCUGGACACCCUGACGACCCAGUUGACUUCGCCUCGCGUCUGCACCGUGCUCAUCGGUUCCACCUCCGCCGUCGAGUCGCUCCUCUCGCAGCUCAGCAAAUCCACGGUAGGCAAAUUCGAAGGCCAAGUCGUGCAAUUCCACCGUCUUACCCGCGAGCAAAUGGAGCAGCUCUUCCAGUCCAAGGUCGAGGACAAUGAUAUCGACUCUACCCCUGAGGCCUUCCAGGCGGCCAUGGAUAUUCUCGAUAACGCGCGCAUGCGUCGGGACUUUGACAAUGCGCGUGCCAUCGAGAGGCUCGUCGCGGUCGCUAAUCAUAACUUUGAAGAGCGACGCGCCAGGUCCUCCGAGCCAGUCGAGCGUGUCCUCCAGGCUGAGGACUUCCAGCCUGACUUGGUCGGCGGUCAUACCGCAUUGGCGUUCCGCGAUGAGCUGCGCUACUCCAUCGUCCCAGACGAUAUCAUCUCCGUGUUGAAGAGAUAUCACAACGAGAUGAAGGCCGCGUGGAUCCAGGGCGUCGAGCCCAGCGCGAGAAUCCCCUACGCUCUCGUCUUCAAGGGUGCUCCUGGAACCGGCAAACGCACCGUCGCCCAGCACCUCGCCAUCCUCUACUACAAGAUGGGCGUUCUCGAGACCAGCGACAUCGUCGAAUGCUCCAUCAGCGACCUCGUCCAUUUCGUCGGCCAAUCGCCUCGCGCGCGCUCCCAACUCGACCUCAGCCGCGGCAAGGUGCUCUUCAUCGAAGACGCCCACCGCCUCGGCGACAGCGAGUCCACGCUCGCAGCCAUGGACGAGCUCGUGUACCUGCUGCCCAAACACGCCGGCCAAACCGUCGUCAUUCUGGCCGGCCCCGCCGCCGAAAUGGACCAUCUCCUCGCCAACCGUCCCCGGCUGGCUAGCCUCUUCCAGGAGGAAAUCGUCUUCCGGAACCCCACGCCUCGCGAGUGUCUUCGUCUCCUGGACAGAAAGCUCGAUGAGCAGGGUGUGCGAGGCCCGAGGACCUUCUUGAUCGAUCCGAAGGAUCCAACCCAUCGCGAGUUUACCCGCGCUGUCCAGAUCCUGUCUAUGUUCCCGUGCUGGAGCAAUGAGCGGGACAUGGAUGUCUUGGUGCGCUGGAUGGUCUCCGCGUGUAUCAAGGAUGUGCCGCUCGAGAACAACAACAAUGAGAAGAGCGGCACUGCUCCGACCGAUGUCAAGUUGGUCUUGACGGAUGAACAGGCCAUGAGCUGCAUGAUCAGGCUGUUUAAUCUGAAGAGAGACCGCUUGCGGUUCAACCAGGAUCCGAAGGCUAGGACCUUGCCGCGUAUCCUCUCGCAGCCGAGAUCUACCGAGAGAGGUGGUGUCAGGUUCCCUGUCUAGGGUGUAUACUAACUAGCUCACUUCUCGCGAACUUGUGUUUGUGUUUGUGCUUUGUGAUUCAUGACUGAUGAUGGCGUUGUGGAUGUGUGAUUCUUUCUUAUGUUUGCUAUUUUUUAUGUUGGACUGAUGUCUCACCCAAGUCACUCUUUGACAAUUUCCUUUGUAUAUGGUUUUGGUUUUUGACUGAUGGCUUUGCAUUCCGGAUUUUGUUCUCAGAUUGUUUAACUUGUGGUUUUUUAACGUUCUUCUGAUCUGGAUGUUCGUUGAUCGAAUACUCCACUCUCACUCUUUUCAAAGCCUUUCCUUUGUCUUUCAUUUGUCCUGUUCGGCAUUAGCAUGGAUGUUAUGGCUUAUUCUUGAUUCUACUUCUUUAUACUAUAUCAGACUGUCGAGAACCAGACUCGCGAACUAAAUAUUU